AGUCGUCAGCUGAUUAGAUUAAAUAUAAAUAAAUAUUAUUAUAAGAUUUUAUUUAUGUUUUUUUUUUUUUCUUCUCAGAUAUGAAGAAAAUAUAUUUUUUUCAAAAAUGAAUAAAUAAUAUACAUAAAUUGUUAAUUUAAAUUUAAAAAAAAAACAGCUUGAUAAUUACUAAAUGAGUUGAAAAAAUAUUUAAGUGUUUUUUAAAUUUUAUUUAUUUCCUCAUUGUGUGUGUAUGAGGAAGAAUAACAAGAAAGAUAACAAAUAAAAAUAUAUAUCAAAUGAUAGCAGCUAAAUGAAAUAUAUCACGAGAUGUCUGACGAAUAUUACGAGGUGUAUAUGUAAAAAAAUAAAAACAAAACAACAUAAUAAAAGGAGUAAAAAACAAAUUGAUAAAAAAAUUAAAGAAAGUUUUCAAUUUAAUAUUUAAAUAAUAAAAAAAUAAAAUAUAUAUUGGUAUAAAAAUUAAAAAAAAAGAGUUCUUUAAAAUAAAAAAAUAUAAGAGUCAAUUAAACAGUUGCAGCUGCUUGCAGCUAGUCAAGUUAAAUAGAAAAAAAAAAAAAAAAAAAUUAAAUAAAUAAUGACGAUAAAAUGCAAUCGAAAUACGUCAUCUAUCAGUGUGUAUAUAUGUAUACAAAAAUAUAGACAACGUUGACUUGAAUGUGUCUUGAAAAAGAGUGAGAGUGUUCUCCCUCUUAACUCAACAUACUGAUAAUUUAUUGAGUUUCACUAGUUAAAUAAAUAUAUACUUGUGGCCCGGCAAUAAAAUAAAAUUGUCAGUUGAAUCGUGGCAGUUAACGUGUUAUAAACAUAUUAUCAUUAUAAUUUAUUAAUAAAAAUAAUAAUAAAUUAAUUAAUAACAAAAUGACGAUUACAAAGAAUUUAGAUGAUAUCAAAACAAUAUGGAAAAAUGCUGAUGGUGUUACAUUUGAUGUUGAUUCAACAGUUAUACAAGAAGAGGGUAUUGAUGAAUUAGCAAAAUAUUGUAAUAAAGGUGAUCAAGUUACUGAAUUAACUAAAAAAGCAAUGCAGGGUAAUAUGACAUUUCAACAAUCACUCAAUGUCAGAUUAAAUAUUAUUCAACCGAGCUAUGCACAGGUCAAAGAAUUUAUUAAAAAACAUCCACCAAAAUUAACUCCAGGAAUUAUGGAACUUGUUAAUGAUUUACAUGCAAGAGAUAAAAAAGUAUUUCUUGUUUCUGGUGGUUUUCGUUGUUUAAUAUCACCAGUUGCAGAACGUUUGAAUAUACCAAAAGAAAAAAUAUGUGCAAAUAGUUUAAAAUUUUAUUUCAAUGGAGGUUUUGCUGGUUUUGAUGAAAAUGAACCAACAUCAAGAAGUGGAGGAAAAGGUGAAGUUAUUAAUUUAUUGAAAAAAAAAUAUGGAUUAAAAACAAUUGUUCAUAUUGGUGAUGGUGCAACUGAUAUGGAAGCAUCACCACCAGCUGAUGCAUUUAUUGGAUUUGGGGGAAAUAUUGUUCGAGAAAAUGUCAAAAAUGGAUCAACAUGGUUUGUUAAAGAUUUUAAAGAACUUCAAGCUGCUCUGGACUGACAAUUAGUAUCAAAAAAAUUAAUUAAUUUAAAUCGAUUAAUUAAAUAAUAAAUAAUAAUUUUGAUAUCAAAAAAAAAUAAA